GCCAACAAGUUCGAAAGUAAAGUCGACGGGACUGUCGCGAGCCUCGACAACCUCUAGGGGGCGUAUUCGAACACGAGACAUGCACCAAACUAUGUUCGAAGACAAAACAAUACACGAAAAAACGGUUGUCUAACUCCCCGGUCUUAAAUGUGUUAGAUUUUUCAUGUUUGGAGUGAAGUGAAUCAUGAACAGGUGAAAUAAACAAGUGUUGUAGAGACUGAUCUUAGGUUAUCUUAUCUUUUUUUAUUAAAUUAUUAUACGCGUCUCUGUGAUAUUUUACCGACUCUCGUUUUUUGAUGUUUGUUCUACGAUGAAGAAUACAAUGAGAGCGAACCGUCCAAUACAUGUUGGUCUAACACCGUCUCACCUUCAACUCGUCUGCGUCCUUCUGGUCUUCACGCAUUUCACUGUCAAUGCUGCCAAUAUACCCGUCACAACGAACGUACCGGAAGUAGCAUCGGAUGUACGUGUAGAAUGCAACAGUGACGAAAUCGUAGUCAAUAUCAACACCAGAUCAGGGAGAUUCAACGGCAUGAUUUAUCCUAGAGGUUUGUCGAAGAACAGUUCUUGUAUGGGCGAGUGGGUCCAACGACCCUCCCCUAUCAAAUACAAUCUUCCUCUGAGAGGAUGUAACACCAUGAGCACAGAGUUGGAUGAUGGUGGUAUUGAAUAUUUUAAUACCAUCGUCGUGCAACCCCAUCUUAAACUGGUCACCAAUCAAGGGAGAGGUUUCCAUAUCCGUUGUCGCUACAACACCAGAAAUAAUACCAUCACAAAUGAUUCUCUCAAGGUUGAUUUGAUGGCCGCCGACCCCAUAACGGCAUUAGCUCCGAUGCCAGGUUGCAGCAUGAAAAUCUUUUCUGGAGACCCUUUAUACAAGGAAGUGGCCGAGAACGUGAAAAUCGGUGAUCCUUUAACACUCGUCAUUACUCUGGACGAGCAAGACACGUACGGAAUACGCGUCACGGAUUGUUUGGUCAGGGACGGAUUAGGCUGGGGAGAACAGAAAUUGAUUAACGACGAAGGAUGUCCUUUGGAUGCCGAAAUUAUGGACAAAUUUCAGUAUUCCGACGACAAGACGAAAGCUUCGGUGCACUUUCAAGCGCACAAAUUCCCUUAUACCGCAUCGGUUUACUACCAGUGCAACGUCAAAUUGUGUCUAAAGGCUGAUGGAGGUUGUGAUAUUUCCCCACCAAGUUGCGGAGGGAACAGGUUGCGUAGGCAAGCCACUGGCGGUGCCAGUCCGGCGGACCCCAACGAAGGGACUCCUGCCACUAUCGAAGUAUACAGUGGCCUUUAUGUCAAUGAGGCUAACGACCUCGCUAAAGCCGGCUUGGAGGAGGAUUCCGUCUUUAGCGAGAAGACACCCGAGGACAGCAUCUGCAUCUCUCAACGAAGUUUCGCCAUCGGCAUUUGUAUAGCGGGUCUGAUUUUGAUGCUUUGCGUCAUCGCCGCCAUCCUUUGCCUCCUGGCGAGACGAAGAUCGAAGAAGACUUCAUCGAAUCCCGGCAGCUCGAUUUACAGCGGUCCUUACACCAACACUGCCUAUAGUCAUAGUAGUUAAAAAGUCAACUGCCAUCAGUCUGUCGAAAAUUAGCUUAGGUGCCAUUCAAGGCUCAGUGCUCAUAUAGUUUUAAACGUCUCUUCUAAAUACGACAGUGAUGUUCAAAAUGAAAUCUUCAACUGCCAUUUACUUUUUACUUGCCUCAAUCUUUAUUUCUCUAGUAAUUUACCUCAAGUUCCGAUAGGUUUAAGUUUCAAAGUGCCGCUCUGGCUCCAGAAUAGUCAUGAUAACAAGGGGAAGGUGAAGGGAUUAUUUAUAAAACGUUCAUUCGGGAAGUUGCGAUACUCCCGAUUUGAAUUCAUCUCAAUAAUUUAUACAAAUCAAGCCGUUGCUUGUUUGUAUUCUGUGAUCUUGAAUCACAGCAGCAUUACCAUGAUAUUUUUGUACAUAAAUUCGUAAUGCUGCCCUGGUUCUUGAUCUCUUUCACUUAACUUAAAAAAGCGAAGAAUUAUUAACUGAAAGGUGCUUUAAUAUCUCGAUAACUACAUUUAUCUGAAUUUAACAGUAAAUAAAUAUAAAAAUAAUAAA